GCCAAUCAUGUUCUGCAGUGUGAUGGUGAUGAACCAAUCAGACCUGUCAGAUGUGGCAAAAUGUAGGACAAGCUGGCGUUUUUAAAUCUGAGAAGUAUACUGCUGCUUCAUUAGGUGUGGACUGCUGUACUGAAGAAGGAGACAAGAUGAAGAUGUUCUUUGUGAAUGUUUUCCUGCUCUGCUCUUUAUGUGCAGCACAGUUAAGUGACGUCUCUCAGCCUGAAUCUUUGAAAACAGUGAAGAUUGGCGACUCAGCUACUAUUAAAUGCUUCAUAAAGAGCGCAUCAAAGAAAACCGUGUGGUACAAGGUGACUACAGGGAGGAAACUACAGCUGGUGGUAAAAACUAAUUCUCACUAUAAUGUGAGAGAGUUCAGUGAUGAAUUUGUUAACCGUUCUUCAGUUAAAUUUGACAUGACUAACAAUCAUCUGACUAUAAAUAAAACAUCAUGGGAAGAUGUUGGAACAUACUUCUGUGGAGUCUUACACAUAAGUGAGGUUCAGUUUGGGUCAGGAACAUUUCUGAUGUUGACAGGUGCAAAGACAAUCAGCGACUCUGUCGUCCAGCAGCCAGAAUCAAAGUCAGUGAGGUCCGGAGACUCUGUGACUCUCAGCUGUUCUGUUCACUCUGCUCAAUGCACAGCAGAACUCACUAGUUUCAUGUGGCUGAAAAACUCGGAUCGUUCUGCUCCAGAGAUGAUUUAUUGCUCUGACAAUAAGAACAACAUCUCCCAGAGAACUGACAGAGGACGAACUACCUGCGAGUACAACUUUGUCGUCAGGAGCCGGGAUGACGCUGGAGUCUACUACUGUGCUGUCAAUGCAUGUGGACAAAUACUGCUUGGAAAUGGGACAAGAAUCAAUAAUGGUAAGACAGUUGCAGUGCUUUUUUCAACUUUUUAA